AUGGGCCUCCACGACGUGAGCAAGUGCUUCAAUCGACGACUUGCACUGUCAUCCGGCCUGAUCGCCCUCUCGAGCUUCAACUAUGCCUUCGAUAACCAGGGAUUUGCGCAGACACAGGCUAUGGAUGCCUUUGAAAAGAGAUUUGGCGUGUAUGAUAUUGAAACGAAGACAUGGUCCCUCGACACUCAAUGGAAGUCGUACUUUAAUGGUCUGCCGUAUCUGACAUUUGCUUGUGGUGUCAUUAUUGGCAGUCUUAUCAGUGCUCGGUUUGGCCGUCGGUGGUGCAUGUUUGUUAUGAGUAUUUACGCUCUCGCCACUGCUACAGUAACCACCACGUCCCAUUCGAAUGGGCAGAUAUUGGCUGCAAGGAUUCUCAAUUAUGUCUACAUUGGAAUGGAAUUAUCUGUCGUCCCUGUCUUUCAGUCUGAAAUUGCCCCGACGCAAAUCCGUGGGUUCAUAGUGGGCACAUAUCAACUGACUAUUGUGUUUGGUGGCAUGGUAAUUGGCUGGGUAUGCAACGGAACAAGCAGGUUGCAAGAUGACCGUUCAUGGAGGAUACCUCUUGGACUCUUCUUUGUCAUUCCCACAAUCAUAUCAUCGCUGAUUUGGUUUAUCCCGGAGUCUCCUCGUUGGCUACUCAUGCAAGGCAAGACAAAAGAGGCUCGCACCAACCUACAGAAAUUACGAGAAGGAUCGUUCACCACGGAUGAGAUUGAAGAAGAGUUCAAGUCAAUUCAGAAUGGUCUAGACAACGAACCCGAACAAGGUCACUUCAAGGAGCUGUUCUCAUCAACAAACCGAAAGCGAACAGCUAUUGUGGUCGGAUUGAACUUUUUCCAACAAGCGACAGGACAGGCCUUCGCAUCCCAGUACGGUACACUGUAUGUCAAGUCACUGAAGACAAUCAAUAGUUUCAACUUCAACGUGAUCAAUGGCUUUAUCGGGCUCUUUAUCAUUUUGAUUUGUCUCUACCUCAACGACAGGGUCGGGAGAAGGCCCUUGCUGCUGAUCGGUGCAACCGUUCAGGCGACUGCUCUUCUCAUAAUGGGAGGACUCGGGGUCCGCACGCCAUCAUAUCCUCAAAAGUCAGCCAUUGUUGCAAUGCUGUCACUAUUUACAGUUGGCUUUAACAUUGGGUGGGCGGCUCUAACAUACGUGGUGACCACUGAAAUUCCGACGCUUCGCUUGCGAGAUAAUUCGCAGCGAAUUGCAUCCGUUACGAAUGUUCUCACUUUUUUCGUCGUUUCAUUCACUUUGCCCUAUCUUAUGGAUGCUGGGUACGCAAACCUCCAAUCAAAGGUCGGAUUCAUUUACGGCGGUAUUUCUGUUAUGUCGAUUAUAUUUGUGUUCUUCUGCGUCCCAGAAUGUCAGGGGAGAUCAUUCGAGGAGAUUGACCAGUUGUUCCGGUCGCGCACGCCUCUUCGAGCAUUUCAAAAGCAAAAACAACUCCUUGAUGUGACCGAAAUUGAGAUCAAGGGGUUUUCAAAGGAAGGUUGA